AAAUAUUGCUGAUUUUUUAUUAACAAUUAUAGAACAAUUCUUCAAGGUAACUUAAGCAAAACCGUACAAACGAGCGAUACUUCUUUCACCGGCAAUCAUAUCUGCCACAGCAGCAAGCUUUUCUCGGUGAGAAUGGAGGAGCAACUUUUGGAUGAGCUGAAAAACGUCGGCUACGACGGUCCCUUCCUGGAUCUAAACUACGCCGCAACUGCUAUGGCUGCCGGUGCGCAGAGUGGCGAGUUUCAAGACGUGGUGAUCUGGCUUACCGAUGAAAUCCGAGUACUCGGAAAGCUAGAUGAGAAAAUCUCGAAAAGUGAGGACGCCAGUGCAUUUGUGCUGGAGCUGUCAGGAUUCUUGAAGGAACUGACUUGUCCUUAUGCGAAUCUCACCUCGGGUCACGUAUCCGACAGGUUGCAAACAUACGACUCGAAAGUAAUCCUGCUGGAGUAUCUAAUGAACGAGCUGAUGGCAUUUAAAAUGAUUGAAUCGUUCAAGCCAAAGGAGAAAACGAACGUUAUUACGCUGUUCGAAUCACCAACAGCUUCCGCACUGAAGGAUAUAUCCAUUACGUUGGGUUUGGGAAAGCCACCGAACAACAUUCCGGCGAAGGCCCUGUUUGAGAAGAUCAACGUACGUUUGGAUGAGACCAUAAAAAUGGCCGGUGAAAAACGGCUUAGCUGUCCACUGUUUUCACCGGGUAAGAAACUGACGAUGGAGCAAUGGAACAAACUGGACAAGCUACACAAAGAUCUAGAUGCGGAGUACGAUCUCAGACGAAAGAUGUUGCUCACUCGAUUAGACGUAACGAUUCAGAGUUUUAAGUGGUCCACCCGAGUGAAGGGCAAGGACGGGCAGAUGAACGAACGCUAUGCGGAGAAGCGAAAGGUACUGGAUUCUUUGCAAACCGGUGGAAAAGAUACGGAUUUAGCUGCAUUGCUGGGGGCUCGAGAAACCAUGGCCAUUAUAGAGAAAACGAGCAGUGCCAGCGUUCGGAGGAACACCAAAAGCAAGAUUCAGCGACACAUUAUCGGGCGGGUUCCAGAUCGAGGUGGACGAGCUUAUGAGCAUAACCCUCCACCGCUGGAGAUGCCAUCUUGGCAAACCCAACGUAGCACCGGAGGACCCGGUGGUGGUGGGCAACGCGGAGGAUUUGGCGGCGGAAGGGUAAGUGAUGGUGGUCACCAGAACCGCGGAGGUGGUGGAGGAGGCUACCAGCAGCAGGGAGGUCAUCAACAGGGUUAUAACCAAGGGGGAGGAGGAGGAGGUGGAUACAGUCAAGGAAAUCAGGGCGGUUUCAACCAGGGAGGCGGUGGCGGUUACCAUCAAAAUCGUGGAGGAGGCGGUGGGAGUCGCGUUCAAGGAGGAUGGUCUCAGCCCCAAAAAGAUUUCAAUCAAAGCUACAGCAGCAAUACUAGCACUAGCGGUUACAGUUCUGGAUCGGGUCGAGGUUAUUCGAACAGCGACCAAUACAGUAACAGUUCCGGUGGUUCGAGUUUCCGUGGCAGCGGAGGGGGUGGAUAUGGAGAUCAACACAACAGAGGUGGUGGCAAUGGUGGAUACGACAAUGAUUAUAACCGUGGGGGUGGCGGCGGUGGUGGUCGAUCAAACUACAACCGAGGGGGACGGCGUUGAGCAGCUUGGCUUAUG